CAUAACUAAAUCACCAUACAUUUUAUCCAGUUGGCAUCAUUCAAUUGACAGUAACUUGUAUAUAUAUACACACACUACAUAUAACUCAGUGAAUUCAACGUUAUCAGUUAUAUACAAUCAUAAUCAUAAUAUGACUCCAUUCAAUUCAUUUCUAUUCAUUUAUUCAUUUAUUUGUAUUAUCCAUCAUUUAAGUAGUAUGAAUGUUAAUGGACAAUCUAUAAAAUUUGGUAAAAUAUCUGAUAAAGUGAAUUAUGCAAAUCCAGAUCAAGCAGGAUAUCAUCAUUGUGCAUUUUGGCGUUUAUCAGAUGGUCAUUCAAUCAUUGCAUCAUGUACACCAUUCACAAUGCAACGUUGUGGAAAAAAUUUAGAAUUUGAUUAUAAAUGUUGUGCAGGUUAUGAAAAAAUCGAGAAAUUAUCAUACACAUUUAAAGAUUUUAAAAAAGGAGAAUGUGCUCUACAACUUUCACCCUAUGAAAUGUGUACGGAGUUAAUAGGGAAUCAAUCUGAUAUAUCUCCGUUUGCAGAUAAAAUGAAAUCACUUAAUCAGUUCAAUACAAAAACUCCCGAUAAACCAUAUACAAUAUUUGCACCAAGUACUAGAAAUGCUGAAAAAUAUAAAGAUUUUACAAAUUCUGCUGAACACAUUGUUCCAGGUCGAUUUUAUUUGAAAGAUUUAAAAAGUGGACUACAACUAAAUACUUUGGAUCCUAAAAGAAAACUUUAUGUAACACGAGAACACUAUGGAACUGUUUCAGUUGAUUGUGUAGAACUAGUUGAUGCAGAUAUGGAAUGUAACUCUGGCAUUAUACAUACAAUUAGAUAUCCUUUAACGAAUAUACGAAACUUAGACAGAUCAUCUAUUCUUAGCUUAUUGGAAUCUCAUCCAGAAACUCAAGCAUUUGCUAAAGAUUUAUCCGCAGUAUUUAAAAAUGAUUUGAAGAAUAUUAACUCUAAUCAACGAUAUACUGUAAUAGUGCCAAGUCAAAAGACAUGGGAAUUAUUACGUCAAAAGUAUUCAGGUGAACAACUACAAAAAAUUGCAGCUAAUCAUGUUAUAUCAAAUCAAUAUUGUUCAGGACAUUUAAUUCAUUCAUUAGAAAGUUAUCAAUCAUUAUUAGGUGAAAAACUUGAAUUUAUUUGUGAAACAGAUUCAACUGGUCAAGAGAAACAUUAUGUUCGUACAAUAUUUGAUAACAAACAUGAAAUAACAAUAACUGAUUUAACAGCUACAAAUGGUGUAGCACAUAUUAUAGAAGAUACAUUAAUUCCACAUUCUGUUAUAACAUUCAAAGAAUUCAUUCAGAAUAAACAAUAUGGUGAAAAGUUGAAAGCUACUGAAUUUCUAAAUCUUCUUAAUGAAUGUGAUAUAAAAAUGGAACCAGGAGAGAAAUAUGCUAUAGUUUUACCUCAAGAUAGUUCAAUGAAAUGGUGGUCAACUUAUCCACAAUUUCAAGAACAAUAUAAACGUUUUCAAGUUGAUAAAGAAUAUCGUUGUCAUGUGGCACGUUAUCAUAUUAUGAAAAGUAAUGAUCGUUUAAAUAAUAUUGGUAACUUCGCUAGUCAUACACAAGGUCAUCGUACACUUAAUCCAAAUGAACCAUUAUAUGAAACAACUUAUUUUAAAAAAUCUCCAUAUGGAUCACAAGUAAGUUAAUUAAACAUGUCAUUUGACUAUUAUAUUAUUUCAAUAGUGGAAAUGAUGAGUUAAUUGAAGCUAGACCACCAUGGAAAACCUAAAAACACUGGACGGCCGUUUCGUCCUAUUGUGGAACUCCUCAACAGUACGCAUCCACGAUCCCAACAUGCGGGAUCCAAACCGAGAGCCUUCAGCCUCACGCUCGAACGUUUAACUUACCUGACCACUGAACUGGCCGGCAUCCAACGGUGUUAAUGUCUAACCUCAACCAAUCCACAAAACUCCGCGACCAUCUUCCGUUGUCUUAGGUAGAUUCUCAUCUCUACCCGAUACGGAAUAACUCAAUGGUGGUCCAACAUCAACCGGUUCAAGAUCUCAAUCAAUAACUUAAUAAUCUUCACAAACAUAUACUGAUGAAAUCUUUUAUAAUUUUUAUACAAUUUAUUAUUUUGAUUGAAAUCAUGAAUGGAUCAAUGUUAUACCAUUAUUAAAAACCUGAAAGCAUUGGAUGACCGUCUCGUCCUAGUAUACGACUUCUCAACAGUCAUUCAACACUUCCAGAUUAUCAACAAUAGUCUAAUAUUUAUUCAUUCAUGAUCUCAAUCUCCACAACCCUAUACUAAUAAUUUAUGAUUAUUAAAAAGUAAUCUCAAUCAGAUCAUUUAUAAGUGACCGAUUAUUUGAAGUUUUAAGACGUCACUUCUCUACUGAUAAAUAACACUACAGAAUAGUAAACAUUGUUUUGUGAAAUAUCUUACAGUUAAUAGCUUGAUCGACUCCUUCACACUGUCCAAUUUGAUUUAUUUAUGAUGGAUAAAGGUAUAAGUUUGAGAUUUUAAAAUAUUUCAAUGAAAAUAUAGUGUGUUUUAUUUCAUAAAUAAUCAUUAGGAAAAAUCCUAGUAGACCAUGUUAAGUUUAACAAAGCCGAAUGAGAUAAGGGUUGAACACUGUUUCUUAUUGAUUCACAAAUAUUUGAUCUGAAUAACAGUUAAUGAUAGUUUGAGAUCAUGAAUCAAUUAAUGUUAGACCAUCAUUGGGACACGUAUCUACCUCAGACAAUAGAUGAAUGGUUGCUCAGCUAUUCAUGGAUCGGUGGAUGUUAGACAUUAACACCGUUGGAUGCUAGCCAGCUCAGUGAUUUAGAGGUCAAGUGUUCGAGUGCGAGACCUGAGGUCCUCGGUUUGAAUCCCGCAGGGCGGGAUCGUGAAUGUGCACCACUGAGGAGUCCUAUACUAGGACGAAAUGACCGUUCUCUGAGCUGGAUGUAGACUUCUACAUGAAGUUUAUACUAAUGAUGCCGUUUAGAAUGACAAUGAAAGCUCCACGACCAAACCAUCUAGCUCAGAGAACAAAACUCCAUCAAAAUCAACCACCUGAGCUACGAAUCUUCUCCACCAUCUUAAAUCAGUCAGUGAUGUAAACUAUGGAAAACAGAUGUGUCAAUAAGUCUUCAAAUAGUUCAGUUACAUCACUGGUUGAUAUUAGUUAGAAAAUUAUUUAGAUUCAAGAGGUUCUAUAUAGCUGGUUCGUUCUAGCAUAGAAUUCCCAAACAAUAAAUUCACUACUAUUGAAUGCCUAUUGAAGUUGUAAAAAUUACUGUUCUAAUAAUGUAUUGAACAAUCAGUAUUUUGUAAGCGCAUACCGUAAUAUUUCCCGAUGGCAUAAGCUCACAUACUCACUUUACUUACGCCUGUUAGUCCCGUUGGAGCAUAGGCCUCCGACCAUCAUUCUCCAACACUUUCUGUCCUGAGCCUACAUUUCUAGUCCUAUCUAACUGUUGUUCAUUCUUAUCAUGUCUGUCUCCAUUUCACAACGUAAUGUCUUCUUUGGUCUUCCACUUCUCCUUUGGCCUUGAGGACAUGUCUUGUGACACAGUUGGAUGCUUUCCUCAAUGUGUGUUCUAUCCACUUCCAACGCUUCUUUCUGAUUUCUUCCUCCACUGAGAUCUGGUUUGUUCUCUCCCAUAGUAGGUUGUUGCUGAUAGUGUCCGUCCAACGGAUCCGAAGUAUUUUGUGUAGACAACUGUUAAUAAACAUUUGUAUCUUCUGGAUGAUGGCUUUCGUAGUUGUCCAAGUUUCCACUCCUUAUAGUAGAACUGUGUUGAUAUUUGUAUUGAAAAUUCUGACGUUUGUGUUGGUUGACAUUUGUUUUGAGUUCCAGAUUUUCUUCAGUUGUAAAUAUACUGCUUUCGCUUUGUCGAUCCUCACCUUUACAUGUGCAUCGGAUCCACCGUGUUUAUCAAUGAUGCUGCCCAAAUCUGUAAAGGUUUUUACAUCUUUCAAAGCAUAAGCUGUCGUUGUCUUUAAAAUCUGACCUCAAAGUAUUUCAAAAUAUAAAAUCCACUUAUAAUCUCUAAACUUGAUCUUAGGUCACUUGAAUUCAACUUUGUGGUGUGCUUCUCGUUCAGGAAGUCAUUAGUGUAAUAGGUUAUGAAUUCAAUCAAACUAUCAGUCUAUUAAACUUCGUUCACACGGAGAUAAACGCCGAACUAUUUCAAGAAACAAAUAAUUUAUCGACAGUCGAUUUGUUUCACUCGAUAUAUAUACAAAUUAUACUCAUUAGAAAGUUUCAGAAUAGAUAUUAUCGAAGUAAUAAGGAUGAAAAUAGGUUGAUUACUGACAAGCUUAUUUAUUUAUUUAAACACACAAACCUUAGUACAAGAAGGCACCAAAUAGAUAUGUGCCACACAAAUCAUUUGAUUUGUGUGACGGCUAGGAUACUGUUCGGGUGCCCGAACCGAAUUAUAUGAUUUUCUAAGGAAGGCACAUCCAGAGCCUUUGACCUAAAGGUCUGAUCUACAAGGCAGGGGAGCAGUGUAAGGAGAUGCAGCCACAUGGUAACCGGUGACCAACAAUAGAUUUACACACCAUUUUUUUACUCAGGAUCCUGGAGCCCACGUGCAUCGUUGCUUUGGAAUCAGGGUUUUCCAACUCCUUCAGGCGGACUCUCUACAUCCACCUACCCGGUUAAAGCGCCGGACAUUCGCUUCGCGUCCUCUCAAUUUCGUAAAUAACACCCGUGGUCCGAGAAGGCAGUGAGUAGGUCUUCCCUAUCAGUGGUUGUGUGCACAUGGCCAUGUGAGAGCAUUCGGAGAGGGAGAGCUGACUCUUCCCACUCUCGGCCGUACCAAGGUGUUUGUCGCCACUGACAAGCUAAAUAACAUUCUCAACUACUAUCUAGUUAUGAUUAUGAAACACGAGCAGCAAUUAAAUGGCUGUUUAAAAUAAAUGAAUUAAUAAUAAAAUUCAUUCUUUUUGGACUCAGUUAUUAUUUUUAUCACCUGAGUUGUUCAUAAACUUUGAUACAAACUAGAUUACUUUUUAUUUUGUUCUUAUUUUCCAGUUGAAUUUUCAUUACUCCCCAAUCAAUAAUCUUGAAUCCAUCGAAUUAGAUGAUGUAACUAUUUACGUUACUCCAAGAAUUAAUGUUCCACCGGACAUAAAUAUGACCGAUAUUUUAAUAAAUCGACCUGAUACCACGUAAGUUGAUGGAACAAACUUCAGUUUAUUCUGUAUCUUGUAACAUGUGAUAUGGCUGACAAAAUAUAGACCUGACAAGUUUACUUGUAAAGUUCUAAGCUGUUGAAUAACCCAUAAAAUUUAUAUCUUUCAAUUAUUUAUAUUUUAAGUAGUAUUUCAUCAUUUACACUUUUGUUUUAAUUAUCCCAAAUUUAAGUGUGCCCUACUUAUGCAUAAAAUAAUUUACUUUACUAAACAGUUCUCUAUUUCAUGCAAAGAACUUAGCAUAAAUACUUUGUUUGAGGAUGGACCAUCGGUGAACUAGAGGAAGCUCUAAGAACUUCAGAAAGAGCCGAAGAUAUUCCAUCUAAUCGUCUAUUGGAAGAACAUUCUAGAAUAGCUACGUGUAGCUUCCCUAUUGGACAAAUGCUAUAAAUAUCUGACAGUUUUUUUUACCAUAAGUGACACUGUUUUGGAAUAGCAUUCCUUUCACUUGUUUUCUGUCUUUUCAUUUGCGACUUGAGAGGGUUCUAGCGUUUGAGUGCUCAAGUUGUACGCAGCAUAUUAAGAAUCUAAGUUCUAGAUAUAAUACUUUGAGUUACAUGAAUGAUCGUCACGUGUUCACAUCAUUCACGUCAAGUCGGGCGAUCAUUUGCACUGUAGAUAACAAACCGACUAGAAUUUCACUGAAUUAUUUCACAAUAAUUUAAACUCAUUAAUUAGAAAUCUAUCAUUAAAACUACAAUUCCAGGUGUAAUACAAAUAUCAGAAACGGUUUUUGUGGGUAUUAUAGUAAUUUCAGUAGUUGAGAUCAUGAGUCAAUUGAAUCUAGACCACCAUGGAAAACCUGGAAGCACUGGACAGCCGUUUCAUCCCAUUGUGGGACUCCUCAGCAAACAGUUUAACUAUUGUUUGACAGAUAUUCUCGAAUAUACACCUGUCAAUAUUUUAACAUAAUGCCGCAUUAUUUAACUGAUUGGGAUGAAUGAUUUGGAAAAAUACCUACUUUACGUCAAGAAGCAAAGGCUUUAUAACUGGAGUUUACUUAAGUAUUUCAUUAAGAUAACUUUGAUUUGAAUCUAAUUUUUAACACAACUUGAAAUCAUCUGGUGAACUGAAAAUCAGGAAACACUGAACAAUAGUUACUAGUAGAUAGUUGAUGUCUCAACUACAAUUACGACUGACCGUGGUGCCCGGUUUUAAAGCAAGCUAUCUCAGCAACUUACAAACACAUUUGGUAUAUAAAGAAGAUUAGAACCACAGCUUAUCAUCCGGCUGCCAACGUAAUGAUAGAAAGGUUUCAAUGAUAGUUAAAAGUCUCAUUGACAGCCACAAAUGGGAUGUCAAACUUCCUUCGGUACUAUUAGACAUUCGCUCAACUAUCAAACGAGACAUCGGUUGUUGUGUUGUUGAGAUGAUCUGUGGAACAACGUUACGUUUGCCUGGUGAAUUUUUUGACCGUGCAAUAGAUAUUCCAGUAGACAUAACCAACUGCGUAAAACAAAUAAAACAGCCGAUAGAAUCCUUUCGGUCCGUCGAACCACGAACCCGGCAAGCAAGAUCAUUAGUAACUAUUGAAUUUGACAAAUACUCGCAUAUGUCUAAGAACAAAAUAUUGUUUCAAGACUGCUCUGGAUCAACACCAGAACUUAUGAUAUGAAGUAAGAUAAUUGAAAGUCCCAGCUAUUUUAAUUAUUUUGGAAUUUCUGUCACCCUUAGUUGGUUAGUUUCUGACCAAAUUUCUGCACAAAUCCACAAAGAUCGGUUGGCUUGUGUCAUCUUGUGAUAUUUGAGGAGUGGGCAAGAUAUUCGUUUGGCAACCAAAAGAAAAAUAUGCCUCUCAGAAAUCAGCUCUGUUAUUCUAUAUAGGUGUGGAAGAUGAUUUUUUUAAAAAUGGAGGGUAUUUGUACAUUAUAAGUAUUCGAUCCUAGAUCUUCUCUAACGAUUGCUCAUAUAUUUUUGGACCAUCAGGUUCGCAACUUUGAAGUUACACCUAGUGUACAAGGUAAUCAUGUCAAAUCAAUUUAUGAGACAGUUAAUCUUUGUCAACUUAAAUGGUUGGGAGAUAUAUUGUGUGUGCACAUCCACCUCCUACUUCAACGCGCGAUGACGGCUGAUUUAGGAGUAGACUGGAAGAAAGCUAUAGUCGAUCAAAUCAAGACAUGACAUCAGUCUUUCGAUAUAAUGACUUCUGGAGUAAACCAUAUAUAUAUAGGUUCAGACUAAUUAGUGAAGAUUUACAUAACUAUCGUAACCAAUGGUCAGAGACUUUGAAUGACAUGGUUUGAAGUUGUUCCUCAUGGCAUAGGUGCAUUCACUCUUUAUCUUACAUUUGAACCUAGGUUUAGAAAUUCCCCGAUGAAAUUUUUAUUCCACUAAUUCAUAUUUUCUUCCAGAAUUGUAUCUAUAAUGGCUGAUCUUUUCUAUCAUCAUUAGGACUAAUACUAACUGUACUAUUCUGGAAUUCAUUUUUACAACUUCAUCUCGCUUUGCUAAUUAAGUAUAGCAAUCUGAUACAAUGUACACGUAUUCCAAGUUCUGCACUAAGUAUGAAUGACCGAUUAACCGUUCCUUGUAUGGCCAUGAUUGUACCAAAAUGAAAACUUUCUGUUCUUUUUUUAAUUACUUCAUCUGCUUUCAAUUCAUGAUAAAUGCUGCCUUCAUCCACAGUUGUGAAACCCAUUUAAUAUAUUUUUCUCUUUCUAGAAUUGCUAAAAAUCAAACGGAAAAAGCUAAAAUGGACGAAAAAUAUUUCCAAAAAAAUGCACCAAAAAGUCUAUAUCUUGUCACAACAGAUAAUGGUUGGAAGGAUCCACGAGCUACACCAACUACAAUUAAUCCAUAUAAACCUGAAUUAAACAUAUACACAGAUAAAAAUUUAGAAAAUGUAAAUUAAUGCUGUUUAUAGUAUAGGAUAUUUAUAGCAUGGGGAUCUGUGAAGGUUGUAUUUUAGUAUUUGAAUUUACAAGUCGAACUAAGUUAGAGGCCACCGUUGAGAACCUGGAAGAACUGAACGUCUGUUUGACCUUCGUGUGGGAUUACUCAGCAGUGCGCAUCCACGCGUGAGGACGAAACAGACGUCCAGUUUUUCCAGGUUCUCGACGGUGGUCUAGUUUAGAUCGACUCAUGAAUUUAACUAUUAUUACUGUGCAUAUUCGGAUAAUAAUUCUGUGUUCUAAGAUAUUAUUACGCCUGAUUAGGCAUUUUGCCAUCAUCAUAUCGUAGGUCAUCAUUAUUUUUGUAGAGAAAGCUCAAUAAAAGUAAUUUGUCAGUUACGUUUCUUUAAAUAGGAUGUCGGUUACUUUUUCAUUACUGCAUCCUCUUCAAUAUCAACUUGGUCACAACUAUAAAUUAAAUUAAAUCUUGUAAUUGUUGGGGCGAUCCAAAAAAAAACUCCUCGAAACAAAGCCAAGAAAGGCUCUGGAAACACUGAGAAGGAUCUUAUUCAAUUAGCGUUCAUUAGAAUUCUAGCCAGAAACAUCAAGAAAGUAAAAAGUCACAUGUAGAGUUUCUGAUUGGAUGAUUACUAUACUUUUACUAUGUUUAGUAGUAUUCUAGAAUUUUCGGGAAACCCAUGGACAUCUAAAAUACUAUAAAAACUGUAUUUUCUGUGCAGAAAUUAACUUUUGGAGUAAAGUGUUUCUUACGUAUUUCAGGCCUUUUCUCUCCUGUUCAAGUCGCUGUGUAGAUUUAGCCUGGGGGUUACUAGAAGAUCUUGGGAACCGAAUGUAGCGUUCAAUUAGCAAAACUUAUCAAUAAUCAUUAUCAGAACAUUAUUAUUAUAUAAAAACUAUCUGAAACUUAAAGAAGCAUCAGUACGUUGAAAUUGACUCAUGCCGUUUCUAGAUAAACACGUUGGAUACAUUAUAAAUAUGGGAUAAUUGUGAAAUUCAACAAGUUCAAUUAAUCUUAUUUAAGACUCAAUAUUUGAAUAUACCUUUAUCUUAGUUUUGGCUUUGUUCACCAAAACUUGAAUCGAUGAGACUAUUAUUUAUGCACGAACCAAUCAUAUUUACGAUAACAGGUAUUAGAUUUGGGCACGAAAUUCAUUCACCCAUUUAACUAAAUAGAGUCUUGGCAUUAUAGUUGAUUUCAGUUCGUGAUGAAAACCCUAAAUCUAAUUCCUGACCCUAACCAUCAACUGUAAAUCAUAAUCCUUAUGCUUCAAACUGCUUUAGAACCCUCAUUUAACCCUAGUUAGUAGGUAUACACUCUCAAGAUCACUUUAGGGUCGCUCAAAGGUUGUCCAUAAAUUAUAGUCUCACCCUUGAAUCUGUUGCCCAACAAGGUAAACAUCUAGCAUGAUCCACUACACUACUAAUUUAUCAGUAGGAACGAUAUAACCUAUCAAAUGUAGGAGUUUGCAUAUACACUGAAAAUUGAAUAUAAUCAAUUAUUUUGAAAACCUGUUUCAAUGAACCCUGCAUUCAUAUGUUAAUAUUUUCAGUGGUAGUUAGUAGAGCAACCUCCUGAACAAAUAAGUAUCUGUCGCAUUAUGUAAAAUAUUCAGAUGUUUAAAGUGAAUGAUCGAGAGUAUGGUAAUGAAACAUAUCUAAUGUACUGGGUUUCAUUACUAGUUACUGGUCAAAAUAUUUCAUAAUUUUUGAAUGGAAAUAUUGUUAAAGGAAACGAUAUAUCUCCAGAUAUUUCUAUCUUGACGUGGUGGUCGAGCUUGUCUAUCGUAAUGAACCAGUCGAGUUAUACUGGCUGGAACAAUCGUUCUUCAAGGUACUACCAUGUCAGACAGGUCGGUUGAAGAGCGGUAAGACUAAAGGCAACAAACCCAAGGUCUGAAGGCGAAGUCGUACUGCUGACUGUACAGAGGUGUGAUAGUAGUAAGGUGUUUCCUUCAAACAACCGGCAUGACAGUGAUCCUGCCUUCCCACAAGGAGGGGUGGUGUUAGAAAAGGUUGAACCUAAAGAUGCACACCUCGCCUUAUUUCACGGAUAUCUGUCUCCAGCGGUAAGGUUCCAUAAAGUACGGAGCUGACACGAAAAUCACUUACAUGAAGGUAGUAUGUGACUGACAUCAAACAGCUGUCCCUUCGGCACUGUGGCCACGCUCUCAGGUCACUAAGACCACUCGUAGCCCAAUUUCCCUUUCAGGUACCUACGGAAGAACUCCUUCACGGUGUGAGCAACCGGGAAAUGAUAACUGCCCUCAUACCUCUAACAGCACUCAAGAUCACUGACUGAUCAAUUUUCAAAGAAAAACAGUUAAAGAUUAAAUUUUCAUGUCAGAUUAAAAUAUUUUACUAUUUUUCAGUACAAAUUUAAUCAUACUCUUACUUUUUUCUUAAAAACAACAUCUUUUCAGUACUUGUUACUGAAUCAUAUACCAUUAUAUUUAUGGGGAGGAGAUAUUGGCUAUUUCGAGAAGAAUACAAUACAUAAAUUCAUGUCUUCUGUUGGUGUAGAAUUAAUCUUCUGGAUGGAUAAUAAUGGAAUAAUGCGUAUUGGAUAUGAAGGUCUACCACGUGAUCAAUGGGUAGGUUCUCCCUCUCUCUCUCUCUCUCUCUCUCUCUCUCUCUCUCUCUCUCUCUCUCUCUCUUAAAAAGCCAUUUUUAUCACAUAGAUAUGAGUAUAGAAUCAUGUACUAUAUGAGAGAUUUUAUGGACCCUUUCAGAAUACGCAUACAAACAUACUUUUAUAUGUGUUUAUUUACAAAAUAAAAAUGAAUAUUGCAAAAGAUAGAUAGCAUCUAGCAGUGAAAUCCAGGACUCGUGUUUCGUCCUAUUCGGGACUCGUCGGCUGGAUGUACCUGCAUCCCACAGUUGAUCUUCACUAUGGAACUCAAACUCAGUACCGUUUGAGUUAUCCACUUAGAUACUGAGUCCUGAUGGCCACUUGCUUGUGCAAUAGAGUGAAGUUUAAAUUCACUUGGUAUUGUAUACUUGAAUAAUCUUGAGUCAACUCUGAGAUGCAGGUACAUCCAGCUGGCAAGCCUCAAAUGGGACGAAACGAUUGUUUUAGAUUCCACUUCUAGCCACUAUCCAUCUUUCCAUAGAAUGCUUGUGAAUCAAGGCAAUGCACAUAUGCCAAUAAGAGACUGAUCGAUUGCAGUCCUAAAUAUCAAUGGGAAGAUUCAAGUAAACAAGUAAACCAAAUGAAUCUAAAUAAAUAUUGGUUAUGGUAAGUUUAGGAGCUUUGAAUCAUUUUUCGUUUUUUUCUUUGUAGAUUUUAUUUAAAACUGAAUCAAAGUUUGUAUACAGGAUCAUUCAUAGGCCUGGAUCCCUUGCAUUAAUAUACUUUUGAUUAUCGCCAAAUUCUCUCAGUGCUGUUUAGUAUAACUUAUAGAAUCUAGAUUUUAAAGCGCCUAUGGUUCACAACUACUAUUAAUUACGACUUCGAUGGUUAUUCAUAUUCUAAUAAUUAAAUAGAAUAUCUAUAAUAUCUGGAUUACUGUCGAUUAAGAUGAUAUUAGAGAAACAUGACGUUCCUAAGAAAAAUUUUAAUAGUUGAGAUCAUGAGUCAAUUGAAGCUAGAUUACCAUGGAAAACGUGUAAGCACUGAACGGUCGUUUCGUCCUGCUGUGGGACUCCUCAGCAGUGCUCAUCCACGAUCCCGACUCUCGGGAUUGUAAAUAAAUAUAGUAGGCAAGAGAUAAUUCUGGAUCAUCAGACAUAGUGACGUGAAAUAAUGGUGAUAACCUAAUUAACUGAUCGUAUAAUAAAGUAGUUGAACGUAAAUUGAGUUGCGAUCAGCCAGUCAAGAAAUGAAGUUAUGAAUUUCGAUGAAGUCAUGAAACUAAAAUAAUAGAGACAUGGAGAGAAAAUCGUAAGAAGGAUGUAAUAGACUAACGAUUAAGUCAUCAUUGGGGACAUCAAUCCUGCUUGAGGAGUUUGAUGGCUAUAGCCUCGAUUUCCACUGUCGAUUGCUGAUGCUGAAAGAUUCAAUGUUCAUCUGGCGGAAUAUAUUUUGUUUAACCACUGAAAUAAAAGCUAGAAAGGAUAUAAGACUGUUGAAAGGUCGAAAAAAUAUGGAUCAAUGAUAUUCAAUUUAAGGAUUAUAGCAUCAUUUGCUCAAUAUAAGACAUAAAAGUCGUGAUCUGGAUCCUGUAUUUAAAAUACAGUGCACAAAAUCUUCAUUAUUUUUUUAAUCAAUAAUGUAAAUAGCCAAUAUAUAUUCAACUACUGAUAUACUUCAAUCUACUGAAUACAUAAAAUCUCCUUUCGUGCGCGUGACCGAAGAUCCUGAGUUCAAAUCCCAAGUUCAGGAUCGUGGGUGUGUACUGCUGAGGAGUCCCAUUCUAGGACGAAAUGGUCAUCCAGUGCUUACAGUUUUUCUAUAGCGGUUUAGUUUUAAUCGACUCAUGAAUUCAACUAUUACAAUUACUACAAUCUCCACAAAAACCCCCUUUUGAUAUAAUAUGUAUGUUAUGUUUUGAUAAAAUUAAAAACGUACAUCAGUGUAUUUUAUUUCAAUUGUAAACCUUUUUACUUUUUCAAAAAUUUAACAUACACAAUUUUUUGGUUGAGAUCAUGAAUCGAAUAAUGUUAGAUCACCAUUGAAAACCCGGAAGCACUGGACGACCGUUUCGUCCUAGUAUGGAACUUCUCACAAGUGCGCAUCCAUGGUCCUGCAUCAUGGGAUUCGAACCCAAGACCUCCUGUCUCUCAUGCGAACAUCUAACCUCUAGACCAUUGGUCUGGCCGGCAUCCAACGGUGUUAAUGUCUAACUUCAACCAGUCUACGAAAUUUCACCACAGUUAAGCGUUCGCACACGAGAUCGAAGGUCCCGGGUUCAGAUCCCGCCAGUGAGAAGUUCCAUUCUUGAACGAAACUGUCAUCCAGUGCCUCUAGAUUCUUUAUAGAGGUCUAGCUUUAAUCGAAUCACGAAUUCAACCAUCACAAUUACUACAAUUUUCACGACCCUCCCCUUCUGAUAUACUAUGUAUGUUAUGUUUUGAUAAAAUUAAAAACGUACAUCAGUUGUAAACCCGUUUUAUUCUCUGUUCAAAAUUUAAUAUAAACAGUUUUUUUCUUCGCCAAUAUCUAGUGCAUAAUCAUAAUACAAUAGUGUUCGUAUGUUCAAACAAAUCUAUUAAACAUUGAACAUUGUUCAAGUGAAUAAUUCACAUUAGAUGAUAAUCGGAAUUAGAAUGAAUUAAAACAACAUGAUAUUGAUGUCAAUAAAUAUGACUAUUCAUAUUCACAUUCUAUUUAAUAUUUAUUGUUAAUUUAUUAAAUAAUUUCUAUAAAUUAGAUCAAAUCAUAUCAAAUAUUUGAUAAACAAAGAUGGAUAGCGGCUAACAGUGGAAUCCAGGACUCGUGUUUCAUCCUAUUUGAGACUCGUUAGUUGAAUAUACCUGCAUCUCAGGUUUGAUGUUCACUCUGGAACUCGAACAUUGUACCGUUCGCUUCAAACAUCAUCGCGGUAUUGAAUUAGCUAGUGAAGCAAACGGUACUGAGUUUGAGUCCUAGAAUGAACAUCAACUCUGAGAUGUAGGUAUAUUCAGCUGAUGAGUCCUAAAUAGGAUGAAACACUCGUCCAACCCUCUACUACUAGCCACUAUCCGUCUUUGACUAUAAAGCUUGUGAAUUAAGGUCCGCACAGGAUGUACAUAUGCCAAUUAGAGACUGAUCAAUUGCAGUCCUAAAUAACAAUGGGAAGAUACAAAGAAAGCAACGCCGAGUGAAUUUAAAAUUACUUUAUACUUUUAGAAAAUAAUUUUUGGUAUAAAGCUCGGUUUUCUACGCCUACAUGAAUGGGAUAAUAAUUUACCAAUCAAUUUACCAAUAUCUACACUGGAUUCCCUCCUAAUGUUUAUUCUACAGGACUUCAACACAACUCAGAUCAAAAACACAUGACUAGCCUGAUUAAAAGGUUAGAAUAUUUCCAUGACAAAAACCAAGAACAAACAUAAUGGCAAUAAAGGCAGGAGAAUAUAUAACUCAUCUAAUAUCUGUCAGACUAUCAACAAGUCUGACUAAGCAAGCAACCAAUCAUUAUCAUUCGCGCCCACACAUUAACUUUAACUCAAGAACUUCUGUGACUGACUGAUAUAACGUAAAUUAAUAAGAUCUUCCUACUGGAACACUAGAUACAAGACAGUACGAUACUCGAUAGUACAUUUAGCUACUUAAGCGAACAGUACAGGUUUCGAGUCCCAGUGGUUAAACGCUCGUGCGCGAGACUGAUAGAUCCUGGGUUCGAAUCUCACAAGGCGGGAUCGUCGAUACACACUACUGAGGAGUCCCACAACAGGACGAAACAGCCAUCCAGUGUUUCCAGGUUUUCCAUGCUGAUCUAGCUUCAGUUGAAUCAUGAUCUCAAAUAUUGAAAUUUAUAAAUAUGCUGAAUUUUAAACUGAACAAACCUUCAUAUACCAGUUAUGUUUAUUCACCUUAGUACAUUAUGCAUUGCUUAUGAUUAUCACCAAUAAUUGUCCCGUACCAAUUUCAUUAUUAUCAUUAUUAUUAUUGUAUUUUAUUUAGCCUAAAGUGAUUCAAUGGAAUUUACCUGCUCGUGAUGGUAUUAUUUGGUUAUUAGAUGGUAUAUUAAAAUGUCCUGAAAAAAUUUGUCCAUUAAUUGUUGAAGAUGUAGAUUAUUAUGAUGUUUAUGUAAUGGCAUGUCAAACAUCAGUAUUACCUGGUGAAAAAGAUCCUGUUGCACAAUUUGAAAGUAGACCAUUAGAUAUUGCCAGUCGACAUCCUAGUCUAUGUACUGUGGUAUUACAAACAAGUGAAACGACGGUUACACUUAUUGAAUCUUAAUUAUAAUAAUAAUUCAUAUUAGAAUUAUCAUAGAAAGUAAUAAACAAUGCCAGGGUGUUUUUAAUUCCUUUGAAUUUAUUCCCUUCAAACAUAAACCUAAUAUAAUGAUAGUAUUCAUUAUUAUGGAGUUUUAUUAAAACGUACUUCAUUAAACCCUCUUUCUAUGUAUACUUGUUAUAUUUAAUUUGAAUAGGAUGCCUUUAAUUGAACGAUUUUUCAAGUUAUCAACGUGAAUCACAUAUAAGAGCUAUGAUAUGAGAUUCGAUAACAAAAUAUGAGGUGGAGAUGGAUGGUGGUUAGCAGUUGAAUCCAAAAUGUGCGUUUCACCCUACUUAGGACUUUUCAAAUGGAUGGAUCUAGCUCCUAGAGUUGAUGCCUAUUACGGGACUUGAACCUAGUACGUUCUUCUUAAGUGCCAUUGCGUUAUCUACUUAGCUACUGAGUCCAAAUAGCCGCUAGCUUGUGCGAUGAGGUAAACAUUAACACUGGGGUGCAAGUACAUCCAGCUGACGAGUCCCAAGUAGGAAGAAACGCGUGUCAAACUGGAUUCCACUGCUAGACACUAUCCAUCUUUACUUAUAGUGCCUGUAACUUAAGAUAAUAUCGAGGCAAUCCUCACAGGAUACACAUGUGCCAAUAAGAGAUUGACUAAUUGCAGUCCUAAAUAUCAAUGGAAAGAUUCAAACCACCAAUACAAAAAUGAAUUAGAAUAUGAGGUGAUUGCAAUUAGCUGACAAAUGAUUAUGGGUUUAGGUUUCGUGCUAGCUAUUGCUGACUAAUUUUUUACCCGAAUGCUAAGACGACGACUUCCCAACCACUUCCUAAACCUCAAAAGAUUUUUAUUUCCUUAACCGCGAACAGAAAACAGAAAGCAUCAGGCUUAGAAAAAGCCUUAUACAUAUAAGUGAGCAUACAUGAAGUUAUCUGGUGAUAGGACUAAAAACCUCAGAAGUGGUGAAGUUGUUAUUCUAUGGAGUUCAUAAACUGUUGAGAUGGAUCAUUUAACAAUUAAAUUUUUUAAAAGUUUACAGAUGUUUUGACAGUGAAAUGAGUGAACAGCACUUUACUUACUUACACCUGUUACUCCUCGUGGAGGAGCAUAGGUCGCUCACUAGCACUGGCCAUCCAACUGUCCUCAGAAAUCCUUUCCAGAUCUUUCCAGUCGCUGUUCAUUCUUUUGAUAUCUGUCUCUGAUUCCCGAUGUAGCGUCUUCUUUGACCUUGCUCCUUUUCGUUUACCUUCUGGAUUCAAAGUUAGCGCUUGCCUCGUGAUGUACUUUGAUGAGUUAUCAAGGUGUGUCCUAUGCACUUCCAACGUCUUUUCCUAAUUUCCUCCUCAGCUGAAAUUGGUUUGUUCUCUCCCACAGUAGGCUGUUAAUGAUGAUAUCUGGCCAACGGACAUUCAGUAUCUUACGUACAUAAUUUUUUAUAAAUAUUUAUACCGUUUUGAUGAUUGUUGUAGUAGUUCUCUACGUUUCAGCUCCGUAUAGUAGGACUAUCUUGACAUUCGUAUUGAAGAUUUUGAAAACGUCGGAGUGGCUGAGCGAUUUAAGGCGCCAGACUCAUGAGUGAACAGCACAUGCGAAUAGAAAUACUAAGCUCAGAAGAAACAACAACUGGCUUUACGAAGACUACAUCACAAAAUAAACGCAAUAAAACAACAAUAAUAAUAAUUACAAGUGACUUUAAUUAAAAAUUUAAGCAUAGCACAGCAAUUAUAAAUUGACAAUCUCCUGUCUUUUAAUAAUUAUGAAGAACUAAGAAACGUCAAUCAUAUGCUUACCAUCAAAUAAAUUCCGAACAAUUAUACUGUUUACCGCCUUUGAAUCUUUUAGUCUCGAAUUCUUUGAAAUGUAUUCGGAAAUGCGAACAUGUAACCUUCUCUCUAUUCUUCCAGUGUGCGUGAUUUGGCGUGUUCAUUUAGACAAAUAAAUUCCACUAUAGAUACCGAGAAAAGAGGACCUAUAGAUUUUCGUCUGGUUAAGGGAGCAAUUGGUUUCACAUAACGUGAUCAGUCUUGAUGCUGGAUAAACAGUCUUCAUUGUAGUAUUUAUUCUGUGAUUAUUCAUCUCAAUGACUUCAGCCAAUUCAAAACGAAUCUGUAGGAAGCAAGGUUUAUUGUUAAUCGUAUCAUAAUUGACAUAAUCGUCAGUUUUGUCAUAUAUCUCUAUGAAUUUCUGUGGAUAUACAUUUCUAAGUAGAUAAGCUUUAAGGACUGCAAGUGCUUAUGAUCUUUCUUAAUACAAAGUUUAUGAGCACGGUCAAAAAGGGUUUCUACAAUCUUUUUCAUUCAUCAUAAACUUCACUCCAUUUGUUAUUCAAAUGAAUAGAUCUUUGUAGCUUCUACUCUAAUGUUCACUGAAUUCCGACAUUCAGGAAAAGAAAUUUUCCUUCAACCUCA